GGUCCGUCCGUUAGUUUUAACUUUGGGAAGAAACACCCCCACUCACCCACCCCUUUCCUUGCAUCCAUUGUUUCUUUUCGCUGUCGCGCACGUCGCCCCCACCUCUCUGAGUUGCAGUAGCAGCUGACGGGACCGUAAGGACGUGGUUCAGGACGGUGUGGUCCUGUAAACGUUAGAAUUUUGGCGGUUUCCUUUGCGCUCUGUUGACGUUUGAGGGGGGCCGCGAAGGGCCACAGUUGAUAUAAAAUCCACCGUUUGCUCCCUCGCUCAGCUCACCGAUUCAGGACCGUUGGAGCUGUGUGUGUAUAUCGACUGCACAGAUACCUAAAGGAGUUGCAACAAGACUGCGCAAUAAUUAAAUCCACGGGAAAGUUCCUGGCAGAUUCUGGGUCUAGGGUAUACGGCAUUCAAUCCAGCAAGCGUGUACUAGUGUGUAUUUAAUAAAAACAAAAACAAAACAUCCAGGCAAAGGUGGAGAUGAAACCUGAUGGGGAUGCCACAGUGCGGGCAGAGCCAACAGAAGCCCUGGAGGCGGAGCUUGAAGUUGAGGCAGCUGCCAGUGAGGAACAACCUCAGCAAGACCAGAAUUCAUCACCUCCACAGCCAAAGGAACCCGAAAACAUAAACGAGGCACCAGACUCAACAGCGGCCCCUCCUGACAAGGAGGCCAAUGGCAGGAAGCCCGACCCAAAAAACAAGACCAAAGCCCCAGUGAAGACCAGACUUGGUCCAUCAGGAACCAAAGCAACGACCAUGAUGGGUACAGCCUCUCGCCCUGGGGCAACUCAAAAUAGAGCAGCCAACAGCCUCACGAGGACCACUGCAAAUGGUGCGGCCAAGAGACCUGCACAGUCUGAGCUGAAGAAAGCUGCCCCUGCUAGGGUAGCCGCCCAAGUCAAAAGGGGGCCUCCCACUGUGGCUGUAGUCCAGAAGACCCAGGUGAAAGCAGCUGAACAGAAGCCUGGUGGGACCAGCAGACCAGCAGCGGCUUCCGUGAACAGUGGGCCAAGUCCAGCAACGUCUACGCUGUCCACACUGAACAAAAAGCCUGCUGCUGCAGCCAACAGUGCUGCACCCAAACCCAAGACCACAGCCACUAGGCCAGCAACUGCAUCGGCUGUGAAACCCAGCAUUGCUGCUUCUUCCAAGGCUGCCCCCGUUCCCAAGACGGCCAGCCACUCUAGGCCUGCCACAGCACCUGUUCCUCGUUCUACAACUUCCUCAGUUCCAGUUAAACCAACUACCAAGCCUACAGCCUCAAGAACAGCUGCCUCAGCACCACCUACUGCCCGCUCUGCAUCAUCACAGCCCUCCAAGUUCUCGGCUACAACUGCAGCAGUCAAGAAAGAUGUUGGAAACCUUCCUCCAGUGCAGCAGCCAGAAAACCCCUUGCUUCCAGCAGCACCACCACAGCCCGUCCUACAGCUGCAAAGACCUCAAAACCUGAAGUCACAAAACCAGCUACAGCUGCCAAACGUCUGCCUGCAGACACUAAAAGGACACAAACAAGAUCUGAUGACUCUAGACCCAUACCAACCCGGAAGGUUACUCCAAGCCCCCGAAACACUCCCUUACGGCCUGCUUCAAGCAGGACAGCUACAGCAUCCAACAGCCCCAAGCAGGGAGGCAGCAGUACUCCUGUUUCCCUGAAGCACAAAUCAAUCAAACCAACA